AUGGAGCGUGUUACAACGAGCGCAGUAGAGCAAAAUGACACGGGGACGGAGAUUAGUCCCACCACUGUGAUACUGGGGACAGAUGAAAACAUUUCGGUUCUACCUGGCACAGUGACAGGGGACGGGGAUGAUGAUGACGAAGGAGGAGAUGAGAAUAAAGCGAGGGGAAACUGGUCCAAUAAAAUGGACUUCAUUCUCUCAAUGGUUGGAUAUGCUGUUGGUUUGGGAAACGUCUGGAGAUUCCCAUACCUAGCCUUCCAAAAUGGAGGAGGUGCUUUCUUGAUUCCUUAUCUAAUCAUGUUGGGUCUUGCUGGAAUCCCCAUAUUCCUAUUGGAGGUGUCCUUGGGGCAGUUUGCAAGCCAAGGACCCGUGUCCGUAUGGAAAGCAAUCCCUGCUCUUCAAGGUUGCGGGAUUGCCAUGUUGAUAAUAUCAGUCUUGAUAGCCAUAUACUAUAACAUAAUAAUGUGCUGGACAUUGUACUACCUGUUCGCUUCGUUGAAGGGCUCACUCCCCUGGGCGAACUGCAAGAACAAAUGGAACACUCAACACUGCAAGGACAAAGACAUGCUUCUUCUUGAUUCAUGCAUUCUGCGGGAUGGGAACGCCACCUCUAUAAGGAAUACUACACAAUGUUUGUCUGCUGAUGUCAUUGGGAAUCUGAGCAAACUCACUAACAUCACAUCUGAGAUCAACAAAACCUAUGUCAGCCCAAGUGAAGAGUACUUUAAAUAUAAUGUACUGAACAUCUCCAGAGGAAUAGAAUACCCAGGGGAAAUCCGCUGGCCUCUGGCCCUCUGUCUUCUCUUGGCAUGGGUUAUUGUCUACGCCUCACUGGCUAAAGGAAUCAAAUCAUCUGGGAAGGUGGUGUAUUUCACCGCUACGUUCCCCUACGUGGUGCUGGUGAUUCUGCUGGUCAGAGGAGUUACUCUGCCUGGAGCUGGGGAUGGCAUCCUCUACUUCAUCACUCCCAAGUGGGAGAAACUCUACGAUGCCAAGGUGUGGAAGGAUGCUGCAACCCAGAUCUUCUUCUCCUUGUCAGCAGCCUGGGGUGGACUCAUCACGCUGUCCUCCUACAACAAGUUCCAUAACAACUGCUACAGGGACACCAUCAUUGUGGCCUGCACCAACAGUGCCACCAGCAUCUUUGCAGGGUUUGUCAUCUUCUCUGUCAUCGGGUUUAUGGCUCAUGAGCUGAAAGUGCCCAUCGAACAGGUGGCUGAUGGGGGUCCUGGCAUAGCCUUCGUAGUGUAUCCAGAGGCCCUCACCAGACUUCCUCUCUCUCCUUUCUGGGCCAUCAUCUUCUUCCUCAUGCUACUCACCCUGGGACUGGAUACCAUGUUUGCCACCAUUGAGACCAUAGUGACGUCUGUGUCAGAUGAGUUCCCCAGAUAUCUGAGGAAGUACAAGGCCCUCUUCACCCUGGGGUGCUGCACCUCUUUCUACUUCCUGGGGUACCCCAUGAUCACAGAGAAUGGAAUGUAUAUGCUUCAGCUGAUGGACAUAUAUGCGGCCUCAUACUCUCUGAUCAUCAUCGCCAUCUUUGAACUUGUGGGAGUAUCAUACAUUUAUGGUCUGAAGAGGUUCUGUGAAGACAUUGAAAUGAUGAUCGGGUUCCAGCCAAACAUGUUCUGGAGGGUCUGCUGGGCCUUUGUGACCCCCACCAUUCUCACAUUUAUCCUGGGUCUGAGUCUGUACCACUGGAAGGUGAUGACCUAUGAGACCUACACCUACCCCACCUGGUCCAUGGUGAUGGGCUGGCUCAUGGUGGUGUGUUCUGUUAUCUGGAUCCCCAUCAUGUUUGUCAUCAAGAUGCACCUGGCCCCCGGCACCUUCAUCCAGCGUCUGAAGCUAGUGUGCUCCCCUCAGCCAGACUGGGGUCCCUUCCUGAUGAAGCACAGAGGAGAACGCUACAAGAACAUGAUCGACCCGCUAGGAACCAACUCCCUGGGGCUCAAACUCCCUCCUAAAGGCCUGGGCCAGACCCAGUGCUAA